UCCCAAAUAAGGAUGUACUCUGUGAGGAAAUUGCUGAUCUACUUUCUGCCCACCUCCUCCAGCUCCAUAUUUAAGGACAUUUCUCUCUGCACCCUGGCAAAUAGGCUUUUUGUUAAAAGUUAACGUGUUUGCGGCAGUUAGGUUGGCCCUGGCCCAUGAAAUCCCCUUUCUGCUCCAUUAUUCGGAUAGCAUGCAAAUCCAAAACUUCCAAACCUUCCACCAGGGUGUGCCUGGUGUUUAUUGUUUAAUCAAGUGUGUCCUUAUCCUCACAGGUAACUGAUUACCAGUAACAGAGGAAGCUGUAUAGCAGAGCUGCACACUUUAGAAAUGCACGUUCUCUCCUGAGUCCAUUUGGUCUGAAACGCAUAGGGCUGGCAGUGUUUGUACAGGCCCCUUCUGUGCUUUUAGCAGCAGCCUUGUGCGCAGAAAUGUAGCAAAGGAAUCUUUUCUGGCAAGCUGUGCAAUGCAGUAGAGCCAGGUUUUGUUUUUUUAAAAGGGGAGGGGAGCCCACAUUGCUUUUGUGAAAGUGUUAUAUGCAGAGAGGGUGGGUUGCUAAACAUCUGUGUUCCCGCACCCACACCCCUGUGAGCGAUAAGCGCAAAUCUUGGGCGUUUGGGAGCAAAGUUCAGCAUUGGAUUUCUGACAGGCGCAGGCAGUGGCUGGGUCUAGAUCAAGCCAGAAGCCCCACAACUUGACAGCAGAGUGUGACAGCUUGGACCACUGGAUUGCUGUCUCCUAACUCCAGCAGAGACAUCUGGGCGCUUUGGGGGUGGGCGGGCAGAAAGACGGCCGAACAGCAGACUUUGGCAGCAGACUCUUCCCAGCUAUAAUAUUGUGGGCAGAAAGAAGGGCUGGGACCUGAGUUUCUUGAAGUUGCUAGGAGUGACCUGCCUUCGCCAUGGCUUCCUCCACACACUUUGAGGACCUCGUUACGGAUUUCUCCUGCCCUGUAUGCCUGGAGUGGUUCUGGGAGCCGGUUGCCCUCCCUUGCGGCCACCUCUACUGCCAGGCCUGCAUCGAGGCAGCGUGGGGAGUCCCUGGCAGCAAGCCCAUCUGUCCUCAGUGCCGGGAGCAGUUUCCAGAGAGGAGGUACACGCUGUGCAAGCUCCUGGGGACCUUGAUUCACCGAAUCGGCGGCAUGAGAGCUGGGGAGGUCGAGGAAGGUCGACGCACUGAGCCCAGAGAAUCUGCUCCGCGCCAGAAUGGCACGCUGACCUCUGUCCAGGAGACUACAAAGCUGUACAAGGAGGAGCUGUCUCUGGCUAUUUUGCGGAUGGAAUCUAACCUGACCAAACUUGUCCUGCUUACGAGGGAGGAAGAAGAGAAGCUCCAGAACCAUCAGGCAGUUUUGCUGAGUCUGGAUGACCACAUCUCCACCGAAUACAAGCAUCUCCAUCGCUUCCUCUACGCUCACGAGAAAGCGUGCAAGGCGAGGCUGGAGGAGGAAGGGGCACAGGUUCUUCGGGAGGAGGAGGAGAGACUGAGAGCACUGAGGGAGUCUUGCCAGCUGGGCCAGGAGCUGCUGUUGGAAGCCGGGGGUCACCUGCAGCUACAAGACUCUGCAAGCUUCCUAGCGGGAAUACAUUCUCUCCUGAACAGGGUGAAGCAACAACAAGCCACACCAACGCUUCCUCUUAUGCGCCCCAUGCUGCAGACCCUUGGCCAGUUCAAGGGGCCUCUACAGUGUGCCGCUUGGAGGGAAAUGAAAUCUGCACUCGGCAUAGACUUCCCCCGGAUAACCCUGGACCCUGAAACAGCACACCCGUGUCUUGUCCUAUCAGAUGACUACACUUGUGUCCGGGACGGAAACCUGCGCCAGGAAGUCCCAGACACACCCAUGCGGUUCAACUACUGUGUAGCCGUGUUGGGUUGCCAGAGUUUCUCCUUGGGGAAGCACUAUUGGGAAGUAGAAGUUGGCAACAAGCUCUCUUGGACCUUAGGCCUGGUUAGCGUUUCUAUCAACCGCAAAGGGAAAAUCGCUGCCUCCCCUGGUAGUGGAUACUGGGUAAUCCGGCUGCGAAAUGGCGUGGAGCUAAUGGCCAAGGACGACCCACCUCAAAGGCUGUGCCCCACAUCCUUCCCCAAGAGAGUUGGGGUUUAUCUGGACUAUAACGGGGGCCUGGUGUCUUUCUGUGAUGCUUCUACCAUGGCCCACCUUUACACUUUUGCGAGUUCUAGGUUCAAAGGGAGGUUGUUCCCCUAUUUUUGCCCUGGGCUGUACAAUUCAGGGAAAAAUGCAACCCCCUUAAAAAUAUGCCAUCUUCCACUAUGGUAGAGGAAAAAGAACAUCUCCUGUUCUGUUUUUCUUUUCUCAACUCACACCUGCUUCUGCAAGGACAAUGCCCUGGACAUAUCGUAAGCAGAAGGUUCUUUAAACUCCCAUUGUACAAAUAAUAUUUUUGUAUUUAUUUUAAAGGGAAAACUCCUCCCAAGGCAAUUAAAAUGCACACAGCGCAACAACAAUAAAAUAAUUAAAAGCCAAAACCCAAAACAAACCCCAAAACACCCAGCCCACAACAUGCCACAGCUAUAACAAGACUAUAAGCAACUCAAGAAAAAGCAGACAAGAACAGAUGGAUCUACAAGGCAUUCCUAGAGAAUCUCCUUCAGUGAAAAUAGUAGUGUCUCUUAUUUAUUCAUCUGCAGAAAAGGGUAAGCCCCUGGAGAUUGCUGCUAUGUUUAAAGAGCUACACAGGAAAACCCAAUAUAGGUAAAGACUGCAGUAAAAUACAGGUUUAUCCCCCAACUAUCAAUGCAGUCAGUAGCGGGGACUGUCACAAAGUCCAUUUGAAAGAGGCACAAGAACAAAGUUUGGAGUGGAAUCACGGAGGAGAAGGCGUCUUUCUCCUGAACUGUGCCUGCCACCUCUAAGAAGCAACGUGCUUUUAAAAUGGUACUUCUCAGACUUUAUGAACUUGGGAUUUGAAUCCCCCUCCCCAACCCAUCUCUUAGCAAGGAAGCGCAGAGAAGCCUCAGCAAAGGCAGUAUAGAUGCAUGUGAGGCAUUUGCUCUUUGUGAGGAAUGUGUGGGUUGAGGCAAUAACCCAACACACUGGCAUUAGGAAAGGACCAGAACAGGCAAGCUUGACUCUGGGUGUGUUAUUGUCCCAGGCAAUUUGCCUCUCAGUGGCCUCUUCUAGGAAACUUACCCAGUUGUUGGGGUUCUUGGGCCCCAGCAGCUGCUGAGGGAUUCCAUGAACUGGUUCUGGCCUUAGACUUUAAGCUGCAGUGUAUUCUAAGUGCUCAAUAAAUAAACUUUUGCUCUAUGUAAAAGUGUCUUAGGACUGAAAUCCUGUUUUGAGGCAUGUGGGGGGGUCUAUGCAGAUACAAGUCUGUUAUGAUGGUUGGUCCAGGGAUCAGAUAGGGCAUAUUCACUCGUGUUUUGCAAAUGGCUCGCCAACUGCAUUUCCCUUUUUUGUGCAAGAUGACAGCAAAUUUCCCAGGGUAGAU